AUGGGCAGCGGCGGAAGUGUCGAGACUGCACCAGUUCCACCGGUGAUACGGAAGAUGCAGAAGCUGCCGGCAAGCCGCAAAGUAGAGAAGGCCGAGAACAAACGAUUGCCGGAGAGACGCUCAGAUCUGGUCGAGGCGAUGCCGGGCAUGCAGAAGCCGCAGUCAAGCCGAAAAGUAGACAAGGCCGAAAGUACGCGAUUGCCGGAGGCGAGCUCAGAUCCGCCGGUUGAGGCGACACCGAAAAUUCAGAAGCCGCAAGCAAGCCAAGAGGGAAGAAUGGCCGAUGUGGGGCGAUUGCUGCGACGCCCAUCUCCGCUUGUGGAGACGCAGCUGCAUACGCCCAAAGGCUCGGAGAAAAAAGAGACCGAGAUCAAACGGUUGGCCGAGAGACGCUCGAAUCCCUGGGAGACGAUACCGACACAGAAGCCGCAAGGAACCCGGAAUGUGGAGGCCAAAAGCAAGCGACUGCCAGAGAGAUGGUUGGUACCCGUUGAUGAGACUAUAGCGAUGCAGAAGCUGCAGAGGCCGCAGGCAGUCAGCCAGGGCGAGAAGGCUGAUAUUAAGCGCUUGCUGGACGGAGGCAGAGGCUCAUCCCAGCAGGGGGAGAGGACCGAGAGGAUGCAGAAGCCACAGGCAAGCCCCGAGAGAGAGACUUACGAGAUCAGGCCUUUGCGAGAAAGGUGGUCAGAGAUGGUCGCUUCACCAGCUGACACGAUGCCGGACAUGCCCAUGCCGGGCAUGCCCAUGCCGGACAUGCCGAUGCCGCCAGCAACCUUCGUCAGAGAGAGGGCUGAGAUAAGGCAAUUGCGGGCAGAACGUCUGCGGGAAGAACGUGAUCUCAACGUAAAGCGAAGCUUCAACCUGCGCGCGGUGCGCUGCAACUGCGGUUGCUGA